AUGCCGUGCGACAAGGCGUCUCCCAGGGUGAUCAUUCCAUCGACGACCUUCAACCCAAUCAAAACCCAUGUAACAAGAGCAAAAACAACAGAAGUCACAGUAGGUAUAGAGACGAGAAUAGAUCUGCUCAAGCGGGAAAUAAUUGAAGAAAUACAAGGACCAAAUCAAGGUAUCCAAGGAAACUAUGAUAACUACGUUGACAUGUAUGAGUACGUAGACAAUUCAAAUCAACCAAUUACACCAAUAAACUCAUACGACAAAAGAAAAUUGCAAGAUAAAUUUAAAUUGCCAGAACUGAAAAGUACAACGACAGAGAAAUUUAUAGCCAGCGAAUCUGAACACGUUGAUGAAAUACCAAAGAGUAAACCGAAGCCACUACGCACGCAUGCCAAGCGCGGUCAUACGUCAGACGUACAGCGCCCUCUAGACAUCUUUUAUAGAAAAAUGACGUUUGAUAAUGAUGAGCGGAGUAAACCGCAGAAAUGGACGCAUUGUUUCGAUGUUAUCACGCCGUAUUUGAAUGGUUUUGACGAUAACUCGACGAUGGUUAGAAGGAUUGAUGCGUCUAGUCGUGACGUAAGGAAAUUGUCCCACCUAUUAAGCUUCGACGCAACCGGUUCCACCGCCAGUGACAUACAGUCGAUACUGUACAAAAUAAGUAAGAUACAGUUAAAAAUAUUCCAGUGGGACGUCUCGGCGAUUCGGAAAGUUCUUCACAUCAUAAUUAAGAAUGGAACACAUGACUUCAGAGGCUUAAAAUACGGUCUCAAAGGACUAUUUGCUAACUGGAGAAUAGAUAUGUCAGAUCAUGCCGGAUUUCUCCAACAAUCCAGGAUUUACCGACCACCCUGCUUACAGAUAUCCGAAGAUGAUAUAACAACAACGAGGACAGAACACAGCAUAAUAUCCAAAGAAGAAGACAAAGGCAUUUAAUUUUAAUAUUUGAACUAGUAUUCUCAAAAUAACAUCAACGCCAAAUCAAUUCGGAGAUAUAUUCUAUAGAUUUAUUUUAAGUGUGAGAGAGCCAUGCUUCGGCACGAAUGGGCCGGCUCGAC